AUGCCAGUCAAUAUCAUUGUUACAGUUCGUAAAACUAUGAAACGUGUUGCUGCAUUGAAUAUUUUCGAUGAUGCAGUCUCACGUUCUAAUCCAUUUAAUUUGCGUACGGCAAUUAUUUCUACUCGUUUUUAUUUUGCUCUUCUCAUAUUAUCUCUCAUUACUCUUGUCAUAUUUACUUCUUUGAGUAAUGAAAAUAUAUCGAUUACAAUUCGAAAUCCAUCGGAAGCAUCUUACGAGUAUUUACUUCGCACAUAUUCAAGAACUCUAUCUUGUCAAUGCAGUCGUACCAUCAUUCCAUAUAGUGAUUUCACUUCGACGAAUAUUAAAUAUCAUCCUGUAUGCUCAAGCAUGUUCGUAUCGGAUGAUUGGAUCGAUUGUCUUCUUAGUCCAAACAUGAAUACUCUCUAUCAAGCUGAUUUUCGUGCAUUUGCCAGUACAUUUUUUCAAUCACUUGUUACAUUCUGUUCACAUGCUCAACGAUCAAUAAACGACGCACUCGAUAAUCUUCGAUCAGAAACUCUUCUCACACCUGAUAUUUUAUCUUUUCAAUCAUUAGAUGUUAAAGUUCAAGCUAAGAGUCAAUUUCUUCAAACAUCCACAGCAAAUAGUCUUGUUCGAUUGCUUGAACUCGUACGCAGCACGACAUAUACCGACACACUCUAUUCAGCAUUUCAAACAUCUGAACUAUUACUUAAAACGACUACAGAUAAUGGUUCAAUUACAUUGAUUGAAGUGAAAGUUUCACUUUUUCCAAAUGAUUCUACGGAAUGUGAAUGUUUAAUAACACCUACAUGUUCUUUACCAGCUGGAUUUUUCAAUGGUACAGACAUUGGUAUUAUCGCGACCAUCUGGAGUGAACCACUGAAUCCAGUAUUUGUCAACGGCAUAUCGUUUUCAUGCUAUCCAAUCGAGUCAUUACUUCAAUCGACACUUGAAUGUUUCUUCAAUCAAUCGUGUCUUGAGACUCUUUUGCAAUUUUUCUCAAAUUGUAACACUCUUAAUAUCGAUGUUCUUAAUAUUAAUCAAACUCAUUUUACGGCAGAUACAACAAUUGAAGAACUCAUUAGUCUCUUAUUUAUUGAGAACUGGUCUGUACAAACUUUGUUUACCAACUAUUUCACAUUGUGUGCGCCCAUGUUAUGUACAUAUACCAUUGAAAAGCGCAAAAGUCUUUUGUAUGUAAUAACUCAAGUAUUGGGUAUCUACGGUGGACUAACUGUUACUUUACGUGUAUGCAUUCCCAUUAUUGUUGGUUGGUGGCGAAAAAGGCGAAUCAACACUCGAACAGAAGCCAAUCCAAGUAUGUAUGAUAUAGAAUAG